AUGAAAACCGGUUCAGUUCUGCUGUUGCUGGUCUUCCUGGGGACAUGCUUGGCUGACCAACACUACCAAAAUUUGGCCUUGCGUGGCACAGCAACUCAGUCACAGCGCUUGAGGGGAAAGACCGAUGUUUUUGGGGCUGCUUACAAUGCCAUUGAUGGAAACCGUGAAGCUCGUUUUACCGCCGGUUCAUGCAGCCACACUGCAAAAAUGACCAACCCCUGGUGGAGGGUGGACCUGCUGGACUCCUACAUGGUCCUCACUAUCAUCAUCACCAACAGAGGAGAUUGCUGUGCAGACAGGCUCAAUGGGGCAGAGAUUUAUGUCACAAAAAAUUUGCAUUCCAUCGGUUACUCAGCUUACGAAGGUCACAGUAUACCAGCGUACCAAAGUCGCAUAAACCCACAGGUUGCUGUAAUUACUUAUAUCCCAGCAGGCAGGUCUCAUAUAAUAACUCUUAAAAAACCUGUGGAGGGACGUUUUGUGACUGUCGUUUUACCUGGUUAUGAAAGGAUCCUCUCACUCUGUGAAGUGGAAGUCUAUGGCUACCGUGCUCCAACUGGAUUCAACCUGGCAGUCCUCGGAAAAGCCUCACAGUCAUCAUUGUAUUCGUAUCAAUGCGAUGCAUAUCAUGCUAUAGAUGGGCGUCAUACCACCACAUGGGGAGAAGGCAGUUGUUCUUGUACAAAAUCGACACUUAGUCCCUGGUGGCAACUGGACCUUGGCAAAACCCAUAAAGUGAACUCUGUCAAGAUAACCAACACAAAAACAUACCCAAAAUAUCUUGAUGGAGCUGAGAUCCGCAUCGGAAAGUCUCCUGCACAAACUGGCACCAACAAUCCCCGGUGUGCUGUGAUCAGUCACAUCCCUGCAGGUUUUUCGCAGACGUUCGACUGUAAGGGGAUGGACGGUCGCUACAUUAUCAUAGUUGCUCCUGGAAAAACUGUGUAUCUGACCCUGUGUGAGGUGGAGGUGUAUGGCUCUGUAUUGGAUUAGAUCUGUUGAGGUUCAAAAUGUGCAACAAUGGCAAUUUACAUAGCUGGUAUUUAGCUGAUGCUCUUUUAUAGAUUCUGGUAGAAAUCAUAUCUUAAACUUCACUUAUGACAUUGACAUCAUUAGAGACAACAUAUGGUUAGGUCACAGUAAAACUGCAUUAAUAAAUGUUUGAUCACUAGGGGGCAGAAUAAUUUCAAAACAUGCUGACAAA